AUUGUAUUCAGUCCGUAUUUCUGUAACGCAUGAUGCGAUGGACGAAGUGUCUUUCAAUGCCACAACUUCUUCAAGCUUGGAGGUCUCGGUCAAUAACUUUGUCCAGUACUUCAUGCCCAUAGUAACUGGAAUAAGCAUACCCCUCAGUCUGACCAAUUUGUUAGUUUUCCUGAACAAUGGUAUUCAAAAUUCUCCCUCCAACAUUAUCUACAUCAAUCUUGUCAUCAUGGACUUGAUCAACUCACUAAUCGGAGUUGUGGUUUCUGUAGAUAUGUGGGAGAAUUCUGACCACAAAUCAAAACACCAUUGGGGAAAUGACACACUGCUUGAGCGGACUGAGUGUUACCUGUUCCUGUUCACUUUUGAUGCAAGCAUUGUCCUGGUGUUCGGACUAGCCCUUAUUCGGGUGCUAUGGGUCAGCAUGUCAGCUAUUCAUGUGCUCUGCAAGCUCAACAUGGCUGCCUGGAUAGCUGUCGGACUGGCUUACUUUCGUGGGGUGGAGAGUUGUCUUUACUCGUACUUUGGGAAGCUUUUAAUAAAGAAGAGGCAGCCUUUCCCCGAUGCGUUCAUUGAAGUCUCUGAUUUGUUGGAGUGCCUGAUGAUCCUAGCCACGAUCUCCAUGGCAGUGUACACCCAAAUCAGGAUCCGGUUCCACAAGUCCAAGAUAAACACGUCCACCUACCGCAGUGCCAGCUGGACAAGUUUCUUCAUCACUCUCAACCUAACAGUUUCCUACUCCUACUACAUCGUGAUAAACGUAGUCCGGAUAUACUUCACAGAGCAGCGAGGAGCGGAUAAUUACGAGGAUAUGUGUAACUCUCCUCAACAUUGGACCUGGGUUGAUAUCCUCCUGUGUGACGUGUUGUAUGUGGGGGUUGCAUUUAUGUGUCUUAACAGUCUGGCCAACAGUGUUGUGCUGCUGUGCCAGAAACGAACGAGGAAAUUCCUAGUGAGGAUGGCAAAGAUGUGCUGGUCAGAUGUAAAGAUGAAGUGUCAGAACGUAUUUCGGGACGACUAUGACUAUAAUUAUUUGUAGGGUUGCCUAAUGCCUUAUCGGUUAUCGGCCCUAAUUUGAAGUUUAAAAGACGUGCCUUAUCGAACCUAAUUUGGAUUUUCUAUUGC